AUGGAAGACUCGAGCUUAUUCCUGCAGUGGGCGAUGAACACGCUGCGGCACGAGCAACCCGCGGCCGCCGCCAUCAACGACGACUGCAGCAGCGAGGCGACGUUCCCCUCACUCCAAGCGCUCCGCGAGGCGUCGCACGCAGCCGAGAUGGUGCAGGAGCUGAUCGCGGAGGCCCCAGCGAACAGCUGGAGCUCAGGCGACACCACCGACGGCAGCAGCGGCGGAGGCAACAACAACUCGGCCCCUGCGGCUGCGGCGGCGGCCAUGGACCACGAUGUUGUCUGGCCUGCGUCGAAGACCUCGCCGGUCAGCAGGCCCGCCUUGAGCAGGAGCAGCAGCGGCACCAACCCUCCUCUGAGCUGGAACUUCAGCGCCGCCGCCGUCUGGGCGCAGCUAGGCAGCGACGGCAUGCUGCCGGAAUUCGCCCACAAGCGCGCCCUACCGCCGGACCAAGUGUACGGAUCGCCACCGGCAAGGAGAGCCGGCUUGAGGAGCCCGGCGGGAUCCAUGUCGGCGCCGUACGCUCAAGACCACAUCAUCGCGGAGCGGAAGCGGAGGGAGAAGAUCAACCAGCGGUUCAUCGAGCUCUCCACCGUGAUCCCAGGCCUCAAGAAGAUGGACAAGGCAACGAUCCUUUCAGACGCGACCAAGUACGUGAAAGAACUCCAAGAAAAGCUCAAGGACCUGGAGGCUGGCGGCAGCAACGGGCGCAGGAGCAUCGAGACCGUGGUGCUCGUCAAAAGACCGUGCCUCCAUGCUGCGGCGGCAGGGCCAGACGACGAUGGCUCCCCAUUGUCAGCGUCGUCAGGCACGCCGCCGGCAGAGAGGAAGACGCAGCUGCCGGAGAUUGAGGCCCGGUUCUCGGAGAAGAGCGUCAUGGUGAGGAUCCACUGCGAGGACGGCAAGGGGGAGGCCGUGAAGGUGUUCGCCGAGGUCGAGGAGCUCCAUCUCAGCAUAAUCCAUGCCAACGUCCUGCCCUUCGCAGAGGGCACUCUCAUCAUAACGAUCACGGCAAAGGCAAGCUUUUUUUUUACUAAUAACCAGUCUUUUUUCCAAGAAAAAAGAAACAGUUUUGGCAUCUUCCACUGCACAGAAUCUAAGAACCUUUUGAACUUUUGA